AUGGGGUACCAAUUAUCCCAUGGCCUCGUUUGUCGCGUGAGCGCUGCUUGGACAGGCCGUCCAACUUGCGGACUCGCCGCGUCCCGGCCCCGCCUCCUCGGCCUGACCCUGGGAUGGGAGCUUGACAGUUUGAGGUUGCGUAUGUCUGGCCUGACGGAGGCGAAAACCGGCGACCUGUUCACGAAGUGGUUUGACCUCGUACGCCCAGCUUCGUCACGUUGUCAGGGCGAUCUCGACGGCGUAGCCAACAUGCUAAUCUGGAUUUUAAGACCAAUAUAUGGUGUGGUCUGUAUUUUGGUCGGAGACCCCUUUCGCCGGAUAGAAGCACCUGCACCGUUCGGGUGCGACGACCUGGGACUAAGACUGCCUAUGGGCCAAUUCUCGGUACCGACGGUCACAGGCUCUGGUGAUCAUUCAGAGAAUGCGAUGACCGACAGAGAAAGGCUUUUGGUGGACUCUGAAGGAUACCUCAGGCUGCAGUUGCUGCCAGUCCUAUCGGACAAGCACAAACGGGGGUGA